UCUUGCACUUGCGAUUGUCACAUGAAGCCGGCUGCGGUCGUUCAGGAAGGGUGGUCCUACUAUGGAGCCUAGGCAGGAGCGAGCUGGGAGACAAACGACAACAGUCGCCUCUGAAGCUCCAGCGGUCCCAAAGCCAUCACUACCGCAAAUUUACCGCCUUCGCCCUCGCGAAAAUGGCGGAAGCACUGCACCGACUGCAUGUACGAAAUUACCAUGCUCUCCAGGCCCGUCUUCAACUACACCAAGCGUUCCAAACAUAUCAGAUCUUACACACUUGACAUACGAAGAAUACAAAGCGUUCGACCUCAGCAGCACCCAGCAUCAUGAUCUUAUCGGCAAUAUUCGCGCCGAAGUACCAGUUAUGGACGUCCACGAAAUCGACAACUGGCUCCUUAACUCUCUCGCGAAACAGCUCGAGAUAUGCAUCUUCCCGACAGCCAAGCUGAUGCACAUCAACCCCGUUGCUGUAAAGCGAAUGCUCGACACCGAGUUCCGGAAGGCUUAUGGACAGGACGUGGAGGACAGCAUCAGCGGGCAGAAGCAGCAGCGGAGGAAACGUCAUGAUUCAGCUGAGUUGUCGGACAACUGAUCAAUGCGGCCUGCUUCCAUAAGUUAAGGAGGAUGUUGUUCGCAUGAAAUGCCAGCGUGGAGAGGCC